AGCAUGUUUCUUCCUUCACUCCGCUUCUCCACAGCCAAAAGAGCAAAGCGGCGAGGCAAUGAGACAGGAAGACAACGGCACGUCUAUCAGGAGAAGCAGAAGAAACAACAAGGCAACAGAGCAGCGAAGAAGAUAAGACAAGGAGACAACCUUUUAGUGAAGGUCAAGGGGCGAGUUUGAAAGAAGAACCAGGUCAGAGUAAGAUAUAGAGGCCGAAAAGGGGAGAGCUCUAAACAAAAUAGGGGAUUUUCUGGUUCAAAUUGAAACAUUUAGGGAACUGUUAGAGAGGUUAGCAGAAACCUGCGGGAGAUACGACGAUGGGAAAGAAAACUGGGAGCAGUUCAAGGUCGUCGGUGGUUAGCCCCAAAAUCUUGAAUCUUCGAAUCGAUUCGUGCAAGCAUAAAUAUUCAACCUCUGACGAAGUGGUGGAAUAUCUCCGCUCUAAUUUCUCCGAGUAUGCUCGUCUUAAGCACCUGCCGUUGAAACGACGGGUUGAGCAAAUCCUUCAGUCCAGGAAUACCCCUUUUAUCUUCCAACGGCAAGACCAUGAGGGUGACGACGACGAUGAUGAUGGCGAUGAGCAAGUAGACCUUUCUCGCAAGAAACGAAGUAGGGCCCUUGAGAGUGAACAUAGGUUGCAGAACCUCGAGAAUUUGCACCUCCAAAGGAGACGAGCUCAUGCUUGUCGGGACGCAUCAUCUGAUGAAGAAGAUGGGUCUGUUUCCACGUCGGAGGAUGCUGUCUAUGGGCAGAAAUUGGAACCCCAGUUCGACCUCACCAAGUCCAUGCUACGGGCUAAUUACUCCGCUUCCAACAAGAAACCAAAGCCCACUGCUGAAGAGAAGAAUGUAGAAGUCGAGAUAGCCAGUGAAAAGAUGAAAAUCAAGAUGGAUAUGAACCCAAGCAUAAAAAAAGAUGCCAAGGCUUCUGUUUCUUCUGGUUGUGGCAGAGUUCUGGAAGGGACCGGAAAGAGAGGGCCAAGAUUCAGCGACUUGGGGGGAUUGAGGAGCGUGUUGGAGGAGCUGAUGAUGGAAGUCAUAAUUCCGCUCCACCAUCCGCAGUUGCCGCAGUGGCUGGGUGUGAGACCCAUUGCUGGAAUUCUGCUGCAUGGCCCACCUGGAUGCGGCAAGACCAAACUGGCUAAUGCCAUUGCGAACGAGACUGGCGUCCCCUUCUACCAGAUUUCUGCUACUGAGGUUGUCUCUGGUGUCUCUGGUGCAUCAGAAGAAAAUGUUAGAGAGCUCUUCUCCAAGGCAUACAGGACUGCACCGUCUAUUGUAUUUAUUGAUGAGAUUGAUGCAAUUGCUUCCAAGAGAGAAAAUCUACAGAGGGAGAUGGAGAGACGAAUUGUAACACAAUUGAUAACUUGUAUGGAUGAAUCUCAUAGACUUGGUCUACCAAGGGAUAAAGAUCCAAACACAGCAAAGUCUGAUUCUUUACCUGGCUAUGUCCUUGUGAUUGGGGCUACUAAUAGACCUGAUGUUGUUGACCCUGCAUUAAGAAGGCCUGGAAGAUUUGACCGUGAGAUUGUUCUAGGUGUUCCGGAUGAGAUUGCAAGAGUUGAGAUUCUCUCUGUGCUGACACGCAACCUUAGAUUAGAGUGUUCUUUCGAUCUUGUGAAAAUAGCCAGGUUGACACCAGGAUUUGUUGGAGCCGAUUUGGCUGCUCUUGCUAACAAGGCUGGUAAUCUUGCAAUGAAGAGAAUCAUUGAUACAAGGAAGUCUGAGCUUUCAAGAGAUUCUAUAGAUGAGGAACAUAACGAUGAGUGGUGGAGACAGCCAUGGUUGCCUGAAGAGAUGGAGAAGCUAACUAUCUCAUUGGCUGAUUUUGAGGAGGCUGCAAAAAUGGUGCAACCAUCUUCUAGAAGAGAAGGAUUCUCUACUAUACCUAAUGUCAAAUGGGAAGAUGUUGGUGGGCUUAACGGUCUAAGGCAGGAAUUUGAUCGAUAUAUUGUUAGGCACAUAAAAUUUCCGGAGGACUAUAUGGAAUUCGGAGUUGAUAUGGAGACAGGAUUUUUGCUUUAUGGUCCACCAGGCUGUGGCAAAACAUUGAUUGCCAAGGCCGUAGCUAAUGAGGCAGGAGCAAAUUUCAUCCACAUCAAGGGCCCUGAACUUCUAAAUAAAUAUGUUGGAGAGAGCGAGCUAGCAGUUCGAACAUUAUUCAGUCGUGCCAGGACAUGUUCCCCAUGCAUACUCUUCUUUGAUGAGGUGGAUGCACUGACAACAAAACGUGGGAAAGAAGGGGGAUGGGUUGUUGAGCGGCUUUUGAACCAGCUACUCAUAGAAUUGGAUGGUGCAGAGCAACGGCGAGGUGUUUUUGUCAUUGGAGCCACUAAUAGAAUUGACGUGAUAGAUCGUGCUGUAUUACGGCCUGGUAGGUUUGGCAAACUUCUUUAUGUUCCACUACCUAGUCCAGAUGAACGGGGUUUGAUCUUAAAAGCACUUGGCCGCAAGAAGCCAAUAGAUUCCAGUGUGGAUUUGAGUGCCAUUGGGAGAAUGGAGACUUGUCAAAACUUCAGUGGGGCUGAUCUUGCUGCACUGAUUAAUGAAGCUGCAAUGGCUGCUCUAGAAGACAAACUGACGUCAAGUAUGAGCUGUUCAGAUCAAACUCCAUGGAUGAUCAAAACGAUCCAUUUUGAACUCGCACUGAAAAAGGUCUCAGCAUCCGUCAGUGAGAAGCAAAACCUUUAUUACCAGGCUUUGUCAGAGAAGUAUAAAACAGCAUAAGCAGAAAUCUUCAAUUGCUAAUGACCAGGGAAGGAAUGCAGGACAAAGAAGCCAUGUUGAUGUGGCAAGUUUGUUGAUGGUCUGAUGACUACAGCGGAUAUAUCGAGCAUCCAGCUUGUAUUUCUGACCAUAUGGUAAAAGCUAGUUGCUGAUUAGAAAUGUCCGUUUAGGGGACUCAAUUUUUUAACUUUUUUUUUUUGUUCUUUUGGAUGCAAA